GGAUUGAAAAACAAAAACAAUUCUUGUGGCGUCUGUAAAUGUCCCCCAAUUAUUAUUGACAAUGGGACUGCGGUCACUUGUUGAUAUUUUGACAAAAGAGCUCAAAGCUGCUGUAUAACAGUGCAAAGUAUUUACAAAGCAGAAUAAUAGGGAUAUAACAGUAGAAAUGACAACAGCAGCAGCAACAACAGCAAACCACCUACCCUGGUUUUUAUUUAUUUUUAUUUUUAUUUAUUUAUUUUUCCCAGUUUAAUAAAGUUUUCCAAUUCAAUCCCGAAUUACCCAACCCCUUCUCGCGAGAGAGCGACGGAUCCAUCAUCACAGCGACAUUAAUAGAUAAUUCAGAGAAAUCUCGGAACCUUUUCGCCGAAUAAACAGUGGGCAAAAAAAAAAAAAAAAAAAAAAAAAAACCCGAAACAGUAAGCGGGGCCGAGCCGAGUGGAACCGAGUCGGGCCGAGCCGAGCCGAACUCAGCGCCGCUCGCGCAGAAGUACAUUUCACUGGCCGUGAUCAUAAUACGACUAAUAAUAAUAAUAAUAAUACUAAUAAUAUUGAGUAAGGGCCUUUCCAAAAUCACUAACAGAUAUUGAGUGUAUCGCAUCGUCGCUUUAAACUAUUAAAUUGCGGAGGAUGGGUCAGCGAGCGCUCGUUAAAAAGACACUCAGACACCACGGUGGUUCACAGGCAGCUCAUCCCUAAAGAAUCGAGAGAGAAGAACUCACCGUGAGGACAGACCCUCUCCCCUCUCCCCCUCCCCUCUCCUUGUGAAAGACCAUGAAUGGAACAGCCUUCUCCAGUCCAGACGAUGACCUGGAUCCCAGUGGCUGCCGCCCUGGCCCCUCCCCCCCUCCGUCCCCGUCGCUGCCCUGUCCCAGCUGGAAGGAGUUCUGUGAGAUUCACGCUCACGCAGCUGCCAUGGAGUUCGCUCGCCGCUUCAGGCUCUAUCUCGAGGACCACCCGCAGUACCUCUCCCUGCCUGGUGGGGCAGGCUCUGCCUUCUCCAGGCGCUUCGCGGACAGGUUCAUGCAUCACUUCCAGGGCGAGUUCGGGGGAGGGGAUGCCGUUUCCGUGGAGACCUGCUGCUCCAUCGAGGAAGACUCCUCCUCCCUCACCUCCCCCCAGCAGCCCCCUGAAGGAGGAGGACCCCUGCUAUCCCAGGGUGCACCUGAACUAGACGUCAUCCCUCUGGACCCUCCCCACCCGCCAGCCCAGCCGAUCUCCAUCAGCAGCCAGUCACGGAGCUCGGAGGACGUUUCAUUCUCCUCCCUCGCCUCCUAUAACAACGCCGCCGCUGUGUCUCUGGCUCCCCCUAGUGGCCCCAGCUCUGUCACUACGCCCUACCGGCCCGGGGCUGCCUCUCUAGCCCCCUCUGGUGGCCAGCAGGCUUCGCGCGGCAUCAGUCCGAACGUGAACGUGGCCAACAGCUCCAAUCCCGGGAAAGCCAAGCUGCGGAAACGCUUCUCCCUUCGGAGCGUGAGCCGCAGCGUGAGGGGGAUCCUGCAGUGGAGGAGCGCUGGCAGCGAGGCCAGCUCUCCUGCAGGAGAGGAGGAGGAGAGGGAGAGGGAGAGGGAGGGGCUGGGAACAGGAGGGCUGAGUGGCAGCUACAGCUACAGCGGGGGGAGCGUGGAGGAGGGGCUCCCCCUCCCCCUGUCCGCCCCCUCCUCCCUCCCGCCCUCCUCCUCCAGCUCCUCCUCCUCCUUCUCCUCAGAGCAGCUGGAACGGCGGCAGAGCUCCGGGAAUAACAGCUGGGACCGGGACAGGGAGAAGUGGACGCACAGGUUUGAGAGACUGCGGCUCUCUCGCACGCACGCCCCCUCCCUUUCACCCUCCCCUUCCCUCGGCGUGCACAGGGAGGGGCUGAUCAGCUACAUGGUGGCCGAGGGGCUGCUGCAGACUGGGAGCUCUGGAGGGCGGACUGGGGGCUCUGGUGGGCAGACUGGGUCCAAGGCUCGCUGGCAGAAGUGCCGGCUGAUUCUCAGGAGCGAUGGCAGGGCAGGGGCUACGUCUCCCAUCCCCACCCUCGGACCCCAGGGGUGUCUGCUGGAGUUCUUCGUCCCUCCAAAGGCCUCAAAGCCGCGCGUCACCAUUUUCUGUUCCUCAAUCGUGGAUGCGAGAACAACGACCCCCCUGGAGAUGCCAGACAAGGAGAACACCUUCGUACUGAAGAUGCAGAGCUCAGUGGAGUAUAUCUUGGAGACGGCUGAUUCCCUGCAGAUGAAGUCCUGGCUGGCUGAUAUUCAGCAGUGCAUCAUUCGCAGUGAGCAUGAUGACAGACUGGACGCUCUGUGCCUCUCUGAGAGUCUGCCCAGCCGAGAGCUCCCCAUCACCCCCGGGGAGACCAGCGACCCCCGAACACAGGUGGGAUAUGGGGGUCUCGGUGGCCCCAACUCUGAGAUGCACCCCCCCGAGCUGCCCCCCCGGGCCCCCCUCGACGAAUCAGAGAGCCGACUGCAAGGAGGGGGCGGGGCCAACGCGGUGACACCCUUCCGCGAGAGCCCAGACGGGACAGGCCCGUUCCUCUUCUCGGACCCCCCAGAGGUGCUGGAUCACCUCCUGUCGGACUGCCCCUGGUUCCACGGGACGCUGUCGCGGUUGAAGGCUGCCCAGCUGUGCCUGGCAGGGGGCACGGGCAGCCAUGGCGUGUUCCUGGUGAGGCAGAGUGAGACUCGAAGAGGAGAGUACGUGCUGACCUUCAACUUCCAGGGCAAGGCAAAGCACCUGCGUCUCUCUCUCAAUGAGGAUGGACAGUGCCGGGUGCAGCACCUCUGGUUCCAGUCGAUCUUCGACAUGCUGGAACAUUUCAGAGUCCAUCCGAUCCCGCUGGAGUCGGGCGGGGCCAGUGACGUCACGCUCAUCAGCUUCGUGGUCUCGGCCAAUCGGCAGCACGACUUGACCAGCCGAUGUCAUAGCCCCGCCUCCCUACCUCCACCCCCUCCCCCAAUCCCCCCUCUCCCGCCCCCACGACCCCCCCUGCCCAGUCCAUCCCAGGAGAGAGAGAGGGAGCGCGAGAGAGAGAGGGAGAGAGAAGGGGAGGAGAGGGAGAGAGAGAGGGGGAGCGAGGGAGAGGGGGAGGAGUGUGAGGAGAGGGAGGGGGAGGGGGGAGUGACACUCAGACAGCUGGCCCCCCCCCCCCCCCUCUGAAUCGGAGGAGAGAGAGAGUGUGAGAACGAGAGCGGUCGAUAAUCAAUACUCUUUCUUCUGAGAGGAAGAGGGGGAUGAGAGAGGGAGGGAUGUUUGUAUCAACUGAGAGUGCUUCAUUUUUUUAUUUUUACAUUUAACAACUAAAAACUCGAUAGCGCUGAAUAAAUCCUACGACAAACGUUUCCGCUAGAAGUCUCUCUCAGUGUCUUCCAUUGAAUCUCGUGGAAACAUUUGUCAUUUGAAUUGAAUAAGUUUCUUUUGGUAUUUCAAUUUUAAAAAUAUUCCGAGAGAGAGAGAGAGAGAGAGAGAGAGAGAGAGAGAGAGAGAGAGAGAGAUGCUAGCUUUUACCCUUUGCUCUGACGAGACUGAAGCUGCAUGGAUGGAGAGAAGGAGGAAAGGACCGAAGACCCACAGGAGGAGAGAAAGGCCAUUGUGUGCGUUUCGUUUUAAAUUUGUAUUAUUUUUUUUUCAUUUCAUGAAACUUUAUUAUUUAAAGAAAAUAUACAACUGAUGAUGCUAAUAAUUGUAAAGCUAUUUCCUCUCCCUUUCGCUCCCCCUCUCUACUAAGAUGGCUUUCUGUACUGUUCAGUGUGUAGCAUGUGCAGAGACACGCACGCAGACGCUGACAGACACAUUAAGAUGCUGCUAGAACACCCUAUCUUGUUUUAUUUUCAUGUUUAUUAUAUAUUUUUUUUAUUUAAUUUGUUUAAAUUUUAAUGUGUUUUUAUUUUCGAUACGGUACAAUAUGAUUACUGAAAUUAGUAUCUGCUCGCUCCUACAAAAAUCAGCCAAAUAUUACCCCUGUGCCUGCCAAAUAAUGCGCCCCAUUAAAAUACCUGUACCUCAGUUUGCAUGCUAAUUCUCGUCAUACCAGAUAGUGUCCCUUAGUCACUCUGUACAAAACGGUACUUAAUAUUGCAAAAUAUCGCCCGCCUGCUUAAUAAUGCGACCACCCAAGACUUCUUUAAAAUCCAUUCUCUAACCUCUUAUUAGCUUUAUUAACAUGAUCACCGGCCCCUCCCUUUAAAGGAGCGCUGACCAUCUUUAAAUCCAUUCUCUCACCUCUUAUUAGCUUUAUUAACAUGAUCACUGGCCCAUCUCUUUAAAGGAGCGCUGACCAUCUUUAAAAUCCAUUCUCUCACCUCUUAUUAGCUUUAUUAACAUGAUCACUGGCCCCUCCCUUUUUAAAAAUCAGUUAUUUUCAAACUAAUAAGCAGAUGAAAAAUAUGACACUACUGGCAUCAUCAUAAUAAUAAUAAUAAUAAUGUCAGAUUUUAUUUUGGUUUUUAAAAUGUUACAUUUUGUUUUUCUUUUAUAUAUAAAUGUAUUUGUAUUUUUUGUUUCGUAAUACAGAUGGGUUUUAAAAAAAAAAUAAAAAAUCAGAAAGUGAGAAAUCAGUACUGAAUGUGUUUCUGUUCCUCCAAAAUCUUACGACUUUUAUUUUAAUAAACAUAAAUGUGCCUGUUUUCCAUUCACACACACACGUUACAUUAAUAAUUAUAUAUAUAUAUAUAAGUGGUUUACCAGUCGACCGUACUUUCAGUGCCUACAAAGAAAAGGCCUCCCAGAACCCAAACUGGGGAGACUGG